CCUAUUAUGGCGCUUAAACUGGUUCAUUGGCCUUUAUCAAGGUAGUCGUGUGAUUGUUACCCUAAUAAAUAAGAGUAAAAUAAACAUCUGACAUACAACUGUUCCACAACUACACAUGCAAUAAAUCAUUAGGAAUAAGUGAGGAGAUUAGUGAUUAAUCAACUUUAUUCCGACUGACCAGUCAAAAUAACCAAGUCGGGAGUAAUAUGGAAAUAUAUAUCCUUGUAAUUUUAGAUACAUCUUUGCAUGUCACAUAUCUACCAUACUUCGAAUGCAUUUAUUUGAACCUUCUCAAGAUACAAAAGUUCUAUUAUUUGCUGUUUCGAGGCACCUAGUGAAUGCGAAAUGAACAUUCCUCCCACAAAGCAUAGGAUUUCAUGUGAAGGUAAAUUUUCCUGCGGUGUUUUGUAUUAUUGGUUUAUAUGAUUUCGGAUAUAUAUUGUAUAACUGACAUACGUCUUGCAAUCAUAGUGGUCACAAUAAAAUAUUAAUAGAAGUCUCCCCUAGUCUAAAACUUUACGAUUGUAGACUACUGAAAUGUGAUAUUAACGUAUCAAAAAUCAUUUGAUGAAAUCCCAUUAACGCUAUCUGAAAUAUGUCAUGCUGUCGUUGUUUUCACACGGUUAUACUUGUUUGGUUCUUAACCGUUUUCAUUGUCUGUGAAGCUGUGGCGAUUCACUUCGGUUCAAUAUAACUUAUUUGAUCUAGUGUACGUAUUUUUCAUAAGUUUUAAAAUUAGUGUGCCAAUUUCAGUAUGGAACUCGGUCUGACAUUUAUUUUACCUUUUUAUCUGGACUUCAGUUGCCAAUUGGUCGAUUCAUGUUCUUACUUUAGGCCAAGAAACAACCAAUAUUCACCAAUGGUCACAUUCUUCGGCAAACUAAGUUGUAAAUUUCAUACCUCUAUUAAUUUUCGUGGAGGAACUCGUCAGUCAUCUGAGCUACUAUAUGGAAUUCAUCCUGUCUUGUGUGCUCUUACGUUUCGUCAUCGCGAUAUUUACCGGUUAUACGUCAAAGACGUAUUGAGCAACUGCAAAGAUCCCGACAAUCUCGUAGAGAUAUCAACAUCUCAAAUAACCGAGAAAGCACUCAAAUAUGGCAUACCAGUAACUCGAGUACCAGUCAAAAAGCUCAAAGAACUAAGUAAUUCAAGAGCCCAUCAGGGUGUAAUACUUGAAGUUUCUCCUACCACCAUACAGUCUAUUUCAGACUUGUCGAUUAAAAAUUUGUUAUUUUCCUGGAAUAAUUUAUCAGGCUAUUUACCAUACACGAAAAAAUAUCAUAGACCUACUGUUCUACUUCUGGAUCAUAUGAUGGAUAUCAUGAAUUUUGGGAACAUAUUGCGUUCAGCAGCAUUCUUUGGUAUAUCUACGGUCAUACUAUCUACUUCUCCGUGUGUCAGCCCAUCACCUCUAAUCAGCAAAAUUAGUGUUGGCGCAAUGGAAAGUAUCUUAUUUUAUAGGUUAACUGAUACAGUAAUGGAUAUGAAAUCCUUAUCAAAUGCUGGAUUUUUGAUAGUUGGUACUUGCGGGGAAAGUCAACUUCCAUCAACUAAAGUUUCCAAAUCUACAAAUUUUCUGAAACCGGAUGAGGUGGGCGCUAAUAAUGACAAUGACACUGGAGUUUACCCUAGACCUCUGGUAUUAGCCCUGGGAAGUGAAUCACGAGGUCUCAGCGAAAAUGUUCUAAAUGCUUGUGAUUUAUUACUACGUAUACCAGGUUUUGGAGAUUCAACCAACUUAAAUCAAUGUCUAUCACAAAGUAUUACAUCAUCUUUAAAUGUAUCCGUUGCUGCUGGUAUUUUAUUAUAUCAGUUAACUAUGUUUCGGCAUGGACACGAAGUUGUUAACAAAUCCUCUUUUAUUUCCCACACUGAAUAAACCCUCUUUAGUCUGUUUAUGAGAUUACUUUCACAACUUUAUAUAUAUAUAUAUAUAUAUAUAUAUAUAUCUUGCAUCUAUUCCAAUUUCACCUUCGUAAUGUGCAUAGUUAUAUUCGAUCAGAAAUCAUUUAUAUUUUGGAAUAUGUUACUUUGUUUUCAAAUAAAUUGUUAUUAUUCA